UUCUCUCCCAUCCUUUCUAAGAAAACCAUUCUGUAGAGAUAAACGGUUCCAAGCAGACAAAAAACACCUCUUCUAAGAAAUUGUUGUUCCAUCAUCAUCCGUUUGCAAAUAAAAUACUAUAUAAUUGCUAAUAUAAGAAGAAAUAGAAUGCACAGCACAUGUCUAUCUUUCACAGAAAAUCACAAUCUUCCAGAUCCCAUGUCAGUCUUUCUGCCAAGUUCUCUCUCACUGAAAAACUUAUAUUCAUUAUCACCUAUGCUUUUCUUCGCCAUCUUUCCACUAUUAAUCUCUCUUUUCUUCAUUAUCAAAUGGUAUUCCAACAAUUCUGCUACCAAAAAAAACUUACCACCUUCACCUCCAAGAUUUCCUCUGCUUGGCAAUCUCCAUCAACUUGGCUUAUUUCCUCACCGCACACUCCAAACUUUAGCUCAAAAAUAUGGACCUUUAAUGCUUCUUUAUUUUGGGAAGGUGCCAGUGGUUGUAGUUUCCUCUGCUGAUGCAGCAUGUAAAGUAAUGAAAACUCAUGAUUUGGUUUUCUGUGAUAGGCCGCAGCGUAAAACCUAUGAUAUCAUGUUGUAUGGCUCCAACGAUGUGGCAAGCUGUGCAUAUGGUGAGUAUUGGAGACAAGUAAGGAGUCUAUGUGUGUUACAUCUUCUGAGUAAUAAAAGAGUUCAAUCUUAUCGUCGUGUUAGAGAGGAAGAAACAGCAAAACUGAUGCAAGUUAUUCAAGAGGAGAGUUCUUGUGUGAAUUUAUCUGAGUUGUGUUCUACAGUUACUAAUGAUAUAACAUGUAGGGUAGCUCUAGGAAAAAGAUACGGUGAAAAAGGUGGAGUUUUUCCUGAGCUUAUGUUGGAGUUUGGAGAGUUAAUAGGUACUUUCUUUAUAGGAGAUUAUAUACCUUGGCUUAAUUGGUUGGGAAAGGUUAAUGGCUUCUAUAGCAAGGCAGAGAAAGUGGCCAAACGUUUGGAUGAGUUUUUUGAGGAAGUAAUUGAAGAGCACAUUAGUGGUAAGAAAUUUGAUGGAAAUGUUGGUGAUGAAAACAAUGAUUUUGUGGACAUUUUGCUUUCGGUUCAAAAGAGCAAUGAUACUGGUUUCUUAUUUGAUAGAACUGCAAUAAAGGGUUUAUUACUGGACAUGUUUGCUGCAGGUACUGAUACUACGUACACAGUCCUAGAGUGGGCAAUGACAGAACUGUUAAGAAACCAAACCGUGAUGCAUAAAUUGCAAGAUGAAGUGAGAACCAUGGUUGGUAACAGAACUCAUGUAUCUGAAGAAGAUUUGGUUAAGAUGAACUACUUGAAGGCAGUGAUCAAAGAAACACUUCGCCUGCAUGUUCCGAUUCCACUGUUAGUCCCUCGGAGAUGUAUGGAAGAUAUCAAAGUGAAUGGCUAUGACAUUGCGGCUGGAACACAGGUAAUUGUCAAUGCUUGGGCUAUUGCGAGAGACCCUUCAAGUUGGGAUGAACCUCUAGAGUUUAAACCAGAAAGGUUUAUGAAUUGUUCAACAGAUUUCAAAGGAUUGGAUUUUGAACUUAUACCAUUUGGAGCUGGAAGAAGGGGUUGUCCUGGAAUGUUGUUUGCUAUUGCUGUGAAUGAGUUAGUGCUAGCAAACCUUGUUUGUCAAUUUGAUUGGAAAUUGGGUAAUGGAGUUGCAGGGGAGGAUUUGGACAUGUCUGAAGUUGUUAGCUUUACUUGUCAUAGAAAAUAUCCUCUUAUGGCAAUAGCUACUAAAUAUGAAAAAAAAUGAAAAAACAUCCUUAAGGAAAUAAGUCUACCUAGUACAGACACUUUCAAUCCAUGAUAUGUAUUUUCUUGUGAAGUAAAACAUGACUAAAGACUAUAGAAAUGUGUCAUUGAUUUGUGUUAAGUGAUUAUGUAGUUUUGUUAGAUUUUCAA